AUGGUCGCUAAAGACAAAGCUGCCGCCAAAUCUCCCUCUUCGAACUGGCUUGCUCUCCAGAAGAAGCUCCCAAAGUCGAAAACGACCGAAGGCGGUGUGAGCGCGUUCGUCGCGCGUAAGCGUCGCAAACUCGCACACGCUUCCGAAUCCCCAGCACCUUCCUUCGUCGAUCUUGCAACUCAGCCGUCUUCGUCACUGUCGAGUACUCAUGAAUUUCCCCGCGGUGAAGUGGAGCAUGCGCCUGGAAAAGCGUCGAUAAAGGAUGAAGUCAAGAACGGAGAGUCUGUUGCAGAUCUGGUGAAGAUGGUUCUCGGAGAGACUGAGCAUCCGCACCCGCAUCAUCAGCCGGGGAAGUACCUAUCUCUUGAUUGUGAGAUGGUCGGGGUGGGUAUUGACGGCUCAGAAUCCGCGCUCGCGCGCGUCUCGCUAGUCAACUUCUACGGACAUGUUCUCCUCGACGCCAUCGUCCGCCCGCGCGAACGCGUCGUCGACUACAGGACCGAGUUCUCUGGCAUUCGGCCCGCAGACAUGGUCAACGCACGACAAUUCGUCGAUGUUCAGAAAGAAGCGGCCGAUCUGCUAAAAGACCGCAUCCUCGUCGGGCACGCAGUGCACAACGACCUGAAGGCGCUCCUCCUCUCGCACCCGCGCCCCCUCACGCGCGACACGCAGCUCCUCGCGCACAAACACAACCUGAUGCGCGGCCGGCGACCCGCGCUUCGCCACCUGGUUCGGCAGGAGCUCGGGCUCACGAUCCAAGGCGGAGAGCAUUCUUCGGUCACGGAUGCGCGUGCGACGAUGGCCGUCUUCCGUCUACACCGGAAGACGUGGGAGAAAGGCCUCCGUGCGCCUCCACCACCCAAGUCUCCGCCUCCUUCAUCCGCCGCCCGCAAACGGACACGAUCCGAGUCUGAAGGGGAUGACGACGAAGAGGAAGGGGAAGAUGCCGAAGCAGCUCCGCCAUUGGACCAGAAGGAUGGAAGGACGGGGAAGAAGACUCGGGAAUCGUUCCCGGGAGGGGGACGGAAGAGAGUUUCGUCCGGGCUUUCGACCGUCGUGAAGCGGAUAGGUGGGACCGGUAAAGACGGCGACAGAGGGAGAGGGAAGCCAAAAGCAAAAGACAAGUGGUGGAAGGAGCUCGGACGUGGGUCAAAAGGCGGCAUCAGGCUUCCAGUAUAG